GUUAAGGAAUACUACAUCGGUUUAGCCUCCUCAUAUAGUGGGCAAGGAGGAUUGAGGGAUUCAUAUCUAAAACACCAAUCUUGGUGUCAAGAUGUCAUUGAAAGUACAGACAAGUAACAUCACAAACAAGAAUGAUCCCAAGUCCAUCAACUCCAGGGUCUUCAUUGGGAACCUCAACACAGCAGUGGUCAAGAAGUCAGAUGUAGAAACCAUCUUCUCUAAAUAUGGCAGAGUGGUGGGCUGCUCUGUGCACAAAGGCUAUGCAUUUGUACAAUAUUCAAAUGAAAGGCAUGCACGGGCUGCUGUCCUAGGGGAGAAUGGGAGAGUACUCGCCGGUCAGACUCUAGAUAUAAACAUGGCUGGAGAACCGAAGCCCAACAGGCCAAAAGGACUAAAGAGAACAGCAUCUGCCUUGUACAGCAGUGGCUAUGACUUUGACUAUGAUUACUACAGAGAUGACUUCUAUGACAGACUCUUUGAGUAUCGAGGAAGAAUCUCUCCCAUACCCAGGAUGGUUCCAGUGAAGCGGCCACGAGUCACCAUCCCUUUAGUACGACGUGUCAAAGCAACUAUCCCGGUCAAGCUCUUUGCCAGAUCUGCUGCUCUUGUGAACAGCUCCGCCAAAUUGAAAUUGAAAUGCAGUGAACUUCAGACAAUUAAAACUGAGCUGACACAGAUCAAAUCCAACAUUGAUGCUCUCUUGGGCAGAUUGGAGCAGAUUGCUGAACAACAGAAAACACCUACAGAAGUUAGAAAAAAGGCAGAUGGAAACAAAAGUGAAAUUUCUCAGGAAGAUACAGCAUCAGAAGCAGACCUGAAUACAGAAGAGCCAUUAAAUGGGGAAGAAGAGGACGAGGAGGAAGGCCUUGUGCAGGAUGAUUGUGACGAUGAAUUGGAAAAUAGCCAUUUCACGUAUGUGGAAGACUCCAGCCUACAGUAAUUAGGUUCCCUUCUUUGUACAAUACUGUAAGAUGGUUUAUUCCUAGUUGCCAACUUCAAAAAUAGAUGGAGCGUUGUUUGCUUAGCAGGGUAAUCCAAACUUUCAGACUCCAACUUCAGGAAAGGGUGAGAAUCACAUUUUCAUAUGGGCCAAAUUCAGAGGAACUGAUCCUACCCUUCUAAGGAUUUCUACUGGAAGAUAUACAACCUUUCUUCAGGACAUAGUAACAGAAGAUUGCGUCUCUCAAAGCACAGUAAUUUACAACAAUUUCUUUGUUGAAAAUACAAGUUACAAAGCAGGCAAGCAUUGUUUUUCUUUUUUUUCUUUAUUCUUUUGGCUCUUCUCUAUUAGCUUAUCCUGCAAAGUUUGGUCACUUUGGCAUCUCUAGCUAUUUUCAAAAUGCUUCCUAGACUUUGUUUUGCUAUGAACAAAUGCAGGACUGAAGAAUGGAAGAAAUGGGGGGAGGGGGAUUUGUACAUAACAUCCUGUAUAAUAAAAGGAAGAACUUGAUUCAUGAUGUAAGCCCAGUAUCUUUUUUUUUUUUUUUUUGCUGUUAUUGCUAUUCAAAUAAGUUACGUUUCAAAAUAUUAUAUUGGAUUCAGGCUACCUCUUCAUCACAUGGGAUAUUUUGGUUCACAGUACCAACGCCUAAUUUUCUUUCAAACUUUUGGUCUCUGUGCUAUUCUUAUUUAACAUACAUACAAAAUGGUGUCCAAACCAAACUAUGAGUGGAAGCUGCCACAAUUAAUGCUUAGAAUUCUAGGUAUAUUUUUUUCCUGGAUACUCCAUUCCAUUUUCUUCUUUCAUCCUGCUACCAACAUCAGCCAAUAUUCCCCCAUCCAUUGAGCAUAUUGAAUACCCACAUCUUUUGGGGGGUUCUCCUGCCUCUCAUGUGCUUUUCUACUAAACUUCAAUUUUAUUAUAUGCUGCUUUUUAACUUAGAGUGAAAUCUAAGUGACACCCAGAAGAAAUUU